AUGCUACUAAACUCAACAGGAUAACGAAAACUCAAACAAAAUAGUGUGUCUACUUUUAGAAGUCCAAUAAUAGUUCCAUCGAGUUAAUAAGUUUCUCCUUUAGCAUCAGGACUGAAUAGUUUGAAAAAUCUACAUAGUCCCAAAGGAUCUCAGAUUGAUGUCACUAGUCUCACUCGAUUAAUAAAAUCAACCAAGAUUAAUGAGGUAAUAUAGCUUAUAUCGUAUAGUCAGUAAACAGUCAAUAGAUAUAAGCCUUGCUUGCAAAAGCUAGAGAAAUAGCAAAAGUAACGACAGACUCUAAAUCAUAAGCACAAAAAAAGCAUAUUAAAUUGCAGAGUUAAUAAUUUGUCAACUUCAAAGACUUACUUCAUAAUUCUACUUCAACCAAGAUCCAAUAAGAGAUCAUAUUCUGCAGAAAUUCAUUUAAUUUUGAGUUUGUCAUUGGAAUAGGUGGAUUCGGUAAAGUUUGGAAAGUUGAGCACAAAAAAACAGGGUAAAUAUUCGCAAUGAAAGAAAUGUCAAAAGCAUUGUACAAAUUCUGUAUUAAUUAGAAUUGUGACAAAAAAAAGUGUACAUUCUGUCAUGAAUGAGCGGACAUUAUUAAGUCAAUUGAAGCACCCAUUAUUAGUCAAUAUGAACUAUGCAUACUAAGAUAGAGAAAAUCUAUACUUAUUGAUGGAUUAUAUGAAGGGAGGGGAUCUCAGAUAUCACAUAGGAAGGAUGAGGAGAUUCGAUGAAAACUCAACAAGUAUCGAUGCAAAAAUAACUUUAAGAGUUUUUUAUAGCCUGUAUUGUCUAAGGGUUAGAAUACAUACAUUCAAAUAAAAUAAUUCAUAGAGAUAUCAAACCUGAAAACUUGGUACUUGAUGAAAAAGGAUAUGUUCAUAUCACAGAUUUUGGGAUUGCUAGAAUUAUGAAACUUGAAAACAGUUGCGAUACUAGUGGAACUCCUGGAUAUAUGGGUAAAUGAUAUAGAUUAAAUUUUAGCACCUGAGGUUAUGUGUAAGUAAAAUCACUCUUAUGCUGUUGAUUAUUUUGCUGUUGGAGUUAUUGGCUAUGAAUUUAUGAUAGGGAGAGUAAUCAUUAUCUUCUAAUUUAGAGACCAUAUUUUGGAAGAUCUAGACAAGAAAUUAGAGACUCGAUUUUAGCUAAAUAAGCUUCAAUUAAAAGAACAGAGAUUCCUAAUGGUUGGUCGCUUGAAGCAGUGGAUUUUAUUAAUAGGGUAUUCAUAAAAAUCAAAGUUAAUUAGUUGCUCCAACGAAAACCUUAAAAUAGAUUAGGUUCUAAUGGGAUUUAGGAAAUCAAAGAACAUCCAUGGUUUGCUAAUUUUGCAUGGGAUAAAUUGUAAAAUUAAACAUUAGUUCCUUCUUUCAUUCCAAAUGUAUGAUUCUUCAUAAUCUUUAAAGUAAACUGAAGAUAACUUUGAUUAAAAGUAAAUUAUAGAUGAGGAUGAAGAAAAUUAGGAAUUAAUCUAAUAAAAUAUUUUAGUCCUAAGAGAUCAAACUAUCUAAGGUAAUCGUUUUCAAAUUUAUUAUAGAUCAAUUUUAAGGAUAUGAAUUUCAAUAAGGAAAUCAUUCUAUUUCCACUGAAUAAUCUUCUGGUUCAUCAACAAAACAUAGCCGUCACUUAAGCGAAAGAUUGCAUAUCUUUGAAAAAAAGAAGAUAAUAUGA